CCCUCUAAUCUGUUCUCUUUUCAUCUCUGUGUUGUAGAAAAAGGAUGGAGGAAAGAGGGUUUUAGAAGUUUAAAAAGAGAAUAUUUUCAGCGGGAUACCUCCUCGUUCGUGGUUAUGUUCCCAGUAUUUUAUAGAAUGAAAAGAUUUCUUGGUUUAUUGUAAAAUAAUUACUAGAUUUUGUAAAUCUUGAUCCAAAAUGAGAGUACUGAAACCGCUUUGGGUGUCUCACGAUGAUAUGCCAAUAUUUUCAAUUGACAUUCAUCCUGAUGGCUCGAGGUUUGCUACAGGGGGGCAAGGAGAUGAUUCUGGUAGAGUUGUCAUAUGGAAUAUGGCGCCAGUAGUAAGUGAAGAGAAAGAAAUUGAUGAGAACUGUCCAAAAAUGCUAUGUCAAAUGGAUAACCAUCAAGCUUGCGUAAACUCAGUCCGAUGGAGUUAUUCGGGAAAACUUCUGGCCUCAGGUGGAGAUGAUAAGCUAAUUAUGGUCUGGAGUGUUGCAAGAUAUCCAGGUGGGGGUAAUGCGGUGUUCGGCAGCAAAGGCAAGAUUAACGUGGAGACGUGGCGGUGCGUCGCGACGCUGAGGGGUCACCACGGCGACGUCCUAGACAUGGCAUGGUCUCCACACGACACCUGGCUGGCUUCUUGUUCGGUAGAUAACACUGUUAUCAUAUGGGAUGCUAAUAAAAUGCCCGAAAUAGUGGCCAUAUUGAAAGGUCACUCGGGCCUUGUGAAGGGGGUGACUUGGGACCCGAUAGGGAAGUACCUCUCAUCGCAGUCUGAUGACAAGAGCAUUCGAAUAUGGCGAACAGCUGAUUGGAAGCAGGAGACUGUGAUCAAUGAGCCAUUCCAGGAAUGUUCGGGCACGACACUGGUGCUACGUCUAGGGUGGUCGCCGGACGGACAAUACUUGGUUUCGGCGCAUGCCAUGAACGGAUCGGGGCCUACAGCGCGCAUAAUCGAGCGGGACGGCUGGAGGCAUGGCAUGGACUUUGUCGGGCAUCGGCAGGCUGUCACUUGUGUCAGAUUCAACACAAACAUACUGCAGAACUACUACAAGUCGAUGAACAAGCCACUCCAGGCGUGCUGCUGUGCCAUAGGCUCUCGCGACCGCAGCAUCUCUGUAUGGGUGACCGCGCUGAAGCGACCUCUGUUCGCCAUGGAGAACCUGUUCACGCGGCCAGUGCUCGAUCUGUCGUGGAGCUCGUCCGGGUUGCAGCUGAUGGCUUGCUCGGGGGACGGAACUGUCGCCUAUUUUCAGUUCACACCGAAGGAGCUGGGGACUGCGCUCACUAUGGACGAAAAGAAUAAACUGUAUGAGAGGUUGUACGGUAAAUCGAUGGCGGGCGGCUGUGAUACAUCGAACAUAGCUAUCGAAAACCCCGAGCUGCUGAGCAUAAAGGAAGAUGACUCGAAAAUGGAGGAAGAUGUCAUGUGUGAGCCACAAAAAACCCCUCCUGCAGUCAAGCUACCCCCUCCCCCUCCACCCGUGGUUGUCACUUCCCCCCUCCAAGUCAACAAACAAAUUGAAACGAGGACCUCCGAUGGUAGACGACGGAUUACUCCCAUAUUCAUACCGCCUAUUCCUGACACUGGAGACGGACCCGUGCCGUUCGGAUCAGAUUCGAUGACAUUUUCGUCGAGCUCAGGCGCGAAGAGCAAGAUCGUGGUGGAGCGGAGAGAGGACGUGGUGGUCACACCCAAUGUGACCACGCCCAUCAAACAGUCGCCGCACAAAAGCACCAGUUCAUCCCCUGUGGCAGCUACUGCUAAUGUCUCCCAACCUGCCACCACUGGCCAACAGUCCAGCACAGUUGUACCAGCUGCAGUGAAGCGUUCAGAUUCCAACACACAGUCGUCGCGAAAGAGGCCCAGAUUCGCUGACAAGGCGAAUUGCCAGAACGACGCAGUUGCAUCUGCGCAGCCUCCACUUCCGGUUCCGGUUCCGGCCGCCGCCACAAAACCAGCCACUUCCGGUCACUCGGGCGCGCUUCCUUUUCUAAACAUAACAUCGAGCAACAGCAUACCUGUAAUCGGAUCGAAAAACGUGAUAUCAGUUGAGAAUGAUACGUUGACUAGUCCACACGGUUUGCUGACAAGGAUACGACUGACCAAUGGUGCCGACUCUAAAUGGGAAUACGUUUUCGGUUCAUCAGUGUGCGCAUGCAUAGCCGACACCAAAGUGCUGUGUGUGGCGUGCAAGGACCGCACCCUGCACAUAAUGGACACCAGUACUGGCGGUCACUUGUUGCCGCCACUAGCGCUGCCUUCGCCCGCUUCUCGUCUAGUCUUCUCACCCACCUCCAGCUGCCUGCUGUGUCUCACAGUCUGCGGUCGCAUCAGUGUCUGGAACCUCAACAAGAAGAGCAACAUCGUUCCCUCGCAGUCUGUUGCGCCUGUUUUGGGAAGCGAGAAUGGAGUUCAUGUGUCCCAGUGCUUCCUCACAGACGAUGGAAUACCUCUAGUCGCUUUAUCCAAUGGCAGAGCUUAUAUGUUCUCAUUGGAUAUGUGUUCUUGGAUGAAAGUGGGUGACGUCACUGAUCCAAUUGUGAAAAAUUCACAAGAAUCUUACCAAUCUGCCUCCAAGCAUUUGCAGGGAAAUAAAGUUCUUCCUCUAAAUAGGUUGCAGUCGUUUAUUCAAAGCAGAUCAUCGAAUAGGCCACGCAGUUUUGUGCAAAGCUUUGAGACGAGUCCGCCUUGCACGAUGAGCUUCCUCGAUCAACAACUGUCCGCCUGCAAGGCGAUAAAGUCAGGCCCUGAAUACAGGUUCUGGCUGCUCACUUCAGUUGGAUUCUUUCUACAGCAUGGAAAUGAAGACAAACUGAGGAAUAUUUGUCAAGAACUUUUGGGCCCCAGCCAUUCGACUGCAUCUCUAACUAAGAAAUGGGACCCGAAAAUUCUGGAUCUCUCGAAGCAUGACCUUCUAAAAGAUGUUCUCAAAGAAAUCGGUGCCAGAGUGGAAUCUCAAAGACUGUACACGGAGUUCAAGGAUCAGCUAGACGCGCUCUCUAGUAAAAACGGACUGUAGUUAUCAGCAUCUAUUAGUAUUAAACAUUGGUGAUCUCUACAAAUCAGGUACUGUAAUUGCAACCUGUAACAUAAUUUGUUUUUCUCGCUGAUGAUGUCUACAUUAGUCUAAGACUUGUGCGUGGGUAAUGAGGUGAAUCAGCAUUCAUUCAUUCAUUCAUUCAUUCAUUUUUUGAUGUUCAACAUUUAUUAUAUAAUGUUCAACAUACCUGGUGGAUGAAUAGGAGUCGAUCCUAGGCCCCACAACAUGUGCCGUAUGUCUCUAGGAUGAACAAUUUCAUUCUUUUGUCAAUAAAAUUGAUGAAAGGCAUAUUAGGUGUAAGGCAAAGUACAAAGUAUUUUUUGUAUCAAUUUUAUUUAGUUGAAAAACAUGCUGAUUGGAUCAAGUUUCAAACAAGAUCCUCAUCUGCUAAUAAAUGAAACAUGUUCACAAUAGGUCGAUUGGAUAAAAGCUAACAAUUGCUAAUUCCAAGGUCUGGUAGCACAAGAGCCUGUUAAAUUUUAAUCGUGAUUGAAUGUCACGAGAACUAAUGACUGGUUGCUAGUCACUGGAUUCUAGUUUUUAUUAAAUCGAUCGAUUGGUAUCUCAUUCAUCCAUUUUACAAUAAAAAUUCAAUAUAGUUUUUAAUGGUUUAACAAGUUUUUUUUUCAAAUUCCAUCUAACAAAAAUACAAAAUAUUGAUCAUUACAUUUGGAACAAUUACCCACAUUCUGCAAAGAACAAUCUGAGGGGGUAAUCUGAGAAUGUAAAGUACUUUUAAUCGUUUUCCAAAUGGUUUUCUUUUUCAUUACACCUCUGACAUGGGAUACAUUACAGAGAAAAAAAAUCAUCGUUCUAUACAACAAAGAAUAAAAGCUAUGAUCAGUUGAAUAUAUUAGGCUAAUAAAACAAAAUAUUAACUAAAAUAAAUAAUUUUGUUCAAAGACAAAAUUAACAACUGCGUUCCAAUCUACCAAAGUAGAAAAAAAU